UCGUGAGGCCUCUGCGGAUACGCAGCGAACCACUGGAGGGGUCGACAGCGCUGCCAGCAUAUCUGUCGCAGCCGCAGCGCCUACUCCAGCUGCCGUUCCUGGUGACAGGCCGGGAGAGCCCAGCUGAUACGCAGAGAGCGUGGCCUGGCCCGGAGCGCCCGGCGCCCCAGACGCCAUCGACGCGACGCGGUUGCGUUCACGGCCACAGCUGGACUGCCGCCCCUUCGUGACGAUGAGACCCAGCGCGCUAUUCUGCUGGGCGCUCGCCGCAUCCACAGCAGCGGCCGGCGUCCUCCCUUUACCGUAUCAAUUGGGCGAGCACGUCGACCUGCGAGCCGACGCGGUCGGCUUUACGGGUGGGUGGGGCAGCGUGCCCGAGAAGGAGCGGUUAAAACUGCGCCAGAAGGCCGGUUAUACGUGGACUUUUCCGAAUGAACCGGAAGGCUAUAAAAAGAGACAAGAACAGCGCUGGGUCGAGAUCCAGGCGCUCGAUCAUUAUCAGGAGCGCCUCGACAACUUCGUGCAAUACACACAAGUACGAACAGUACCUAAUUAUACCCAAAACGGCUUCGAUGUGGUCGAUAUUCCCCACGAUCUGUGGCAGAGGAUGCGGGAUCGGCUGCACGAGCAAUUACCUAAAGCGCGGACUGAAAGUGAGGUCCAGGGUAUCUAUGGUAGUGAGAGGCCUCGCAUGGUCGGCCACGGGGAAGGAAGGAAUCUGUUGAGUGAAUUGCAGCCCAUCCUGGAGAAAUGGGUGCCCGACAUCGAAACGGGUCUGCAGCCGGUAACCGCGUACGGUAUGCGCGCUUAUGGUCGCGGGGCGUCGCUCGGCUUCCACACGGACAGAGUGGACACGCACGUCAUCUCGGCGAUCGUGCACGUGGACCACAAGUACGACGACGACGCGGAGCCGUGGCCGAUCGAGAUCGAGGGCCAUGAUGGCUUAAGGCACUCGGUGGACCUGAAGCCGGGCCAGAUGCUGUUGUACGAGUCGGCGAAGUGUCCUCAUGGUCGGAGUACGGCCCUAAAAGGCGACUGGUACGCGUCGGUGUUUGUCCACUACAAGCCCAAGGACAUGGCGACCUACUGGCCCUACCAGCAGAAGGACGUGUGGCUGGCGGUGCCGCCGGGCUGGGACUCGAAGCCUUUGAUGGAUGACGGCACGCCCGGCGAGCGCUGGGCCGGCGCGUUUCUGACGCACGAUUCCGUGGUCGUCCAGGGCAUGGCCGACCGGUUAGCUACUUCGUCAAAGAAGGGCCUGCCGGACAAGGUCAAAAGAAAUCUAGCCGCAGCACAUCCGGCCCCCGCACCCAACAACCACAAACGCAUGCGGCACGAGUCGCGCAUCGACCCGGAGCUGCUCAAGAAGGCGCAUGAAGCGGCCUUGGCCGCUGGUGAAGAACCCGUGAAACGGCAGGGGCCGUCCCUCUCGCAAGUCGCGCCCAAGGACAUCCCCAAGGAGCACACGGGCGAGGACCUUGAUGAUGAUGAUGAUGGUGAUGAUGCGGAAGAAGCGAAGGCGGCGCUGAAGCGGCCCGAAGGGCGGACGCUCAAGAAGUCGGCGCGGCGGGACCGCGUCGUCCCGGCGCGGCGGCGCGGCCGCCGGCGCGACGACGACGACGACGCCGCGCCGCGCCCCAAAAAAGCGGAGGAGGACGACGACGAGGUCGAGGUCGUCGUCGGCGGCUCUUUACUGCUGAUGGGCUUCGGCUGGUGGUUUGGUGGGAUUUCAUUGGUGUCUCUCACGCUGUGUCUCCGCCGGGCCGUCGUGACACGGGGCCGGUCCCUCGACCCGCGGCGCCUCGGGCGCAAGGAGAAGGCGGACCUGCCGAUCUGA